AUGCCGCUGAUCGAAACGGGCCAGGGCGGUGCCAUGGCGCGGCAAGAGAUAGUGCGGCGACGGAGCGGUUCUGACCCUGUUUCCGCUCCGUUUGGCCAGGUGCUGGACCGGCCGGCCAACGACCCCGAGUGGCUGAUGGCUCGUAACGGCCAGGGUACGACCGGUCUCAUCCCGCGCAACUACGUCCGAGAGCUGGGCCGGCAGCUGAGUGAGGGCAAAACAAACGGUAACGGCGCGGCGGGCGGCGGCCCGUCGGGCGCCGAGGACCCGGUGCCCAGCUCUGAGCUGGCGCAGCUCCGUCUGGGUGCUGCAGACGCGUCCGGGGAGCGGCCGCACCUGGCCGGAAAGGACUGGUACUUUGGCCCGGUGAGCCGGUCACAGGCGGACCAGCUGCUGGCGACCCGCGGACAGGACGGCUGCUUCCUCGUCAGAGACUCCGAGACAAACGUGGGCGACUACUCCGUUUCGCUCAAGGCGCCGGGACGCAACAAACACUUCCGCGUGGAGGUGAAAGGCGCCCUGUACUGCAUCGGCCAGCGCAAGUUCCACACGCUCGACCAGCUGGUGGAUCACUACCAGCGCUGUCCGAUCUACACCAAUCCACAGGGCGAGAAGCUCUACCUGAUCCGACCACUGCCCAGACAGUAGGCGCCGGCGGAACGGUAGGAGCCGGCUCUGUCGAGGUCCUCUGAGAGUCCGCGGGAUGUGGUGGCCCCGCUCCUGUCACCGGGUCCCGCGGGGUCUCAGAGGGUCCCGCUGGGCCCCGGUGGAACUCGGUGGGUCCCGCGGGGCCCCGGUAAACCCAUGAGGGUGCGUGUCAUGACUUAGUUGGGCGGCGUGGCGCCAGGCCCUUACCCAUCGCGGUCGUUCUGACUCAGUUUGUUUCGGUCCAUUGUCGGGGCCUGUGGAACGGUGUGCGCCCGGCUCUUGCGUUCUUUAAUUGUGUGAUCGCGAAGGGAGAUUUGUUUUGUGCAAUAGUCAUGCGACGCCGCGCCGACGGCCGGCGUUUGAAUUAUAUCGUCAUUCGGCGCGAGACUAGCCGCCUCUCGGCGGGGUCUCGGCGCGAGGAUAGCGUGGAAAGGGUAGCUCGGACGGGGGCCACCUCGUGUCACGAGCGGGAUCGACCAAUGCGCGAGAUGCGACGGGCACGGACUGUAGAGCGUAGACGCGAGGAGAGACUCGUGUAAAGUCAGCGAGCGUGGGAGCGCGGAGAGGCGCUGAGGACCGGCGCUACGAUACGCCGGGGGGGCGGCGCGCCCGGCCGGCCCGGAGGCUCUCUGUUUCUGUCUGCCGCGCGGCACAGCUCGGCCUGUGGCCGUCCGCCGGCUGCGCUGCUAGCCUGUAAAUAAGCCGGAUCAUAUUCACUGAACCUCCGUCUAGUCUGCGCGAGUGCGGCGCGCGACCGGCGGCGCUGCUGCCGCCCUCUGCCCGGCCUCGAAGUCUUACCGGCGAGCAGAGGGCGCCGCCACCGCCGCCGCCGCCGCCGCUGCUGCCGCUGCCGCCGCUGCUGCCGCUGCUGCUGCUGCUGCCGCUGCUGCUGCCGCUGCUGCUGCUGCUGCUGACGUAUUGUCGCCCUUCGCAGCUGCGCCGCCCGCGCCCCGCCACGGAGUCUUUCUUUCUUGCAUGUCUGCCGCGGUGUGUCGUGUAGACGUAGGCAUUCUGAGGUUAUCGUUUCUAAGGUGUUUUUGUAUGAAUUUUAUAAUAGCCGGCGGGCGCUAACGCUCUCGGCUCGGUGUGAGCGAGUCGACCGGCGGUGCGAUGGGUUUCGUCCUGUUGGUUGCUCGAGGCACGACAGAGGCCUCUAGUCUAUGCUCCUGUAUUCUCCGUUUAAGCCGAUUUACUAGUGUGUAACGUAGCAGCUUGUAGACGCGGCGGCGGCGCCGUCCGUUCCGCUCAGGAUGGAGGCGCCGCCGCGCCCGUCGGCCCCUGAGUUCGUUCAGAAUAUACUGACGGUGUCGCGA